AUGGAACAUAUCCAGGCGUUAACUGAUCCUUGCAGACAGUUCACCAAGGACUCAAUUCGUCUUGUUAAAAGAUGCACAAAACCGGAUAGGAAAGAAUACCAAAAAAUAGCGAUGGCUACGGCUAUUGGGUUUGCCGUUAUGGGAUUUAUUGGAUUCUUUGUAAAACUCAUCCACAUUCCAAUCAAUAAUAUCAUUGUUGGUGGAUAG